AUGAAAAUAACCAAUACUGACAGCAUGUCGAGCCUUUUCUGCAUAGCUUGUGCAGCUGUUGCCGUCAUCCUAGGCACAACCUGCAGCUGCUUGCAGUUCACUUAUCCCAGCUUCAACACAGGCAACAGGGAUGAUUUCAGCUUCAGCCCGGGCUCAGCAAUCUCAAACAACUCCCUGCAGAUCACGCCGAGCAAUGGGAACAUGAGCCACAAGUCGGGGAGAGUGGUGUACGCCAAGGAGACCCUUAAGCUGUGGAACGCCAAGCGCACGGCGCUCACCUCCUUCCGGACGGAGUUCGUGCUCAACAUCAUCCCGCAGGGCGGCGGCCUGAAUGGGAGCGGCACCGGAGAAGGCAUGGCCUUCUUCCUCACCAACAAUCCUUCCUUGCCCAGCGACAGCAGCGGGCAGUGGCUCGGCCUGACCAACAACAAGACCGACGGCGCGCCGGCGAACCGGAUCGUCGCGGUGGAGUUCGACACGCGGAGGAGCUUCGAGGCCGAGAUGGACGGCAACCACGUCGGCCUCGACCUCAACAGCGUCAGGUCCGUCGGGCAGUCCCCUCUUAGCAACCUCUCCUUGGAUCUCUCCAGCGGGUCAGACUUGAAGGUCACGCUCGCGUACGACGGCGCGGCGUUGAGCACCGACGUGCUGCAGAUGGGGAGGAUCUUCUCCAACGACCUGUACAUCGACCUGUCGCGGUAUCUGCUGGACAACAUCUCCGUGGGUUUCGCGGCUUCCACCGGCGAGUUCGCGGAGCUGAACCAGGUCAAGUCUUGGAAUUUUACCACGUACGACAACGCGACGGCCGGAGAUGACGGGGGUAUGUGA